UCGAAUCCACCAGCCCCUCCUUGGAACCCUAUGGGGGCAGUUCUACUCUGCCCUAUAGGGUCGCUAUGAGUCGGAAUCGACUCGAGGGCAAAGGGUUUGGGUUUUUUUUGGAAACUCCCUGAGCUGUCCCGGAUACGGUGCAAGUAUUGAUUAAACCGGACUCAUCCUGCGCUCAGGACGCUAAACCUAGCAGGGAAGAUAAGGCAGGUCCGCGAAUAAUAAUAUUGUAAAGUAGAACUUGGUCUCUCAGUGCCGUAAGAGAGGUCCUGAUGAUAAUUCAGAGGAGGGAGUGGGCAUCAGGGAAGUGUAUUUAAACUUACCAUUAGAGGAUAUUUGGCCAAGGCAUCCCUCGAGGAAAAGAUAGCAUAGGAAAAGAAAAUAGCUUUGUGUCUUAGUUUGCUAGUGCUGCUCUAACAAAUACCACAAGAGAGUGGCUUUAAGGGACAGAAGUUUUCUUAUAGUUUAGGAGGCUAGAGGUCUGAAUUCAGAGCACCAGCUUUAGGAGGAGGCUCUCUCUCACUCUAUCCACUCUAGGGGAAAAUCUGUUUCAGCUUCUGUUGCCCAGGAGUUCCUGGUUCCUUGACUAUCCUCAUACGUGCUGGUGUUUUCCUCAGUUUGUGCCUGCUUAUCUCUGUAUGCUGCUCUUUAUAUCGGAAGUGAUUUUUCACAGCCUCCUAGUAAAGAAGCCAAGAUGUCUGUCGAUCCAAUGACGUAUGAGGCCCAAUUCUUUGGCUUCACACCACAAACUUGCAUGCUUAGGAUCUACAUUGCAUUUCAAGACUACCUAUUUGAAGUGAUGCAGGCUGUUGAACAGGUUAUUCUGAAGAAGUUGGACAGCAUCUCAGACUGUGAUAUUAGCCCAGUCCAGAUUCGUAAAUGCACAGAGAAGUUUCUUAGCUUCAUGAAAGGACGUUUUGAUAACCUUUUUGGCAAAAUGGAACAGCUGUUUUUGCAGUUGAUUUUGCGUAUUCCUCCAAACAUUUUGCUUCCUGAAGAUAAAUCCCAGGAGACGCAUUCUUAUAGUGAGGAAGAAUUCCAGCUUCUUCAAAAAGAAAUCGAACAGUUACAGAGGAAGUAUAAGACUGAAUUAUGUGCUAAGCAGGCCCUUCUUGCAGAACUAGAAGAGCAAAAAAUUGUUCAGGCCAAACUCAAACAGACAUUGACUUUGUUUGAUGAGCUUACAAAUGUUGGCAGGGAUCAUGGGAUUAGUGAUUUUAGGGAGAGUUUGGUGUCCCUGGUCCAGAACUCCAGGAAACUACAAAACAUUAGAGACAAUAUAGAAAAGGAAGGUGAGAGACUGAAAACGUCUUAAUUUUUAAAUGGUAAAAAGAAAGAACCUGUCAGUAGAAUGGUAAGGGACUUAUACCAAUGACCAUUCUUAUUCUAGUGAACCAUAUAUUUUAGCGGAUUUUCUUUGUUCAAUCUUUCCUGUAUUCCACGUCUUCCUCUUUUUUGGUCUGCUCUCCUGAAGUAUCUGUGUACUACCCUAAACUAGUCCUUGAAGAAUCUGUUCCUUAGAGGCCUUUAAUAGAUGGGAAGGGAUUCUUGAUUCAAUAAUGACUCAUUUGGGAGCAUGAUUAAAGAAGUUAUUCCCUGGCUAGUCUCAGGUAUUUGUAAAAUUGUACCUUGGUCAUGAGUCCUUUGUGACCUUGAUCUUUUUGGCUUAUUGUCUGGGUGAGAGCAAAUGAGGAAAUGGCCUAACGGGUGAUUCCUUUAUUAGCCAGCCGUUACUCUAUGCGACAGCCAUUGUAGUUAGAGUGCUUGCUCUUGUCCAGUAGCUUUUCUUACGUGGCGAGAUUGAUAGCUGGUUGAAAGAAGCAAGUAGCAGAAGAGGCAACAUUGAUCUUUGGUAAAGAAGAAAGAAGUUGUUUUCAUUUCCAAAGCAGGCCUUGGUGAUGUUAAGCAGUUUACUAUCUUGGACCCCAGGAAUAGACCUUGGACAAUAAAGAAGCAGAUCCCACUGGAACAGAAGAAGGAGGCACAGAAUAUACCUAGUAGCGAAGUUUAUACUGACUACUAGGUAAUUAUACCAAUUUUUUUUUCUUCAGUUGAUUUUGGAAUUGCCCUGUAGCUAAUAUUUAACUAACUUAUUUAUUCAAAUUGUAAUUUUAUUCAUUCUCUUAUUCCCCAUCAGUGGGAAAUUUUAGCUGAGUCUUGUGCUUAAAUUCAAUGGAGCCUAAUAUUUCUUUUUGUAAUUAUAAUCCAUGAAGAAUGUUAGAUCAUCCAAAAAAAGGGGGAAAAUGGCAAUAGUUGCUCUUAAGCUAUUGCUUGCCCUCCAUGUCUUCCUAAAGGAACAGGAUUUGGAAUUUCUUCUUAUGUAGAGAAAGGGGUAACUUAGGGAAUUAAUGUGUGCAAGUAAAUGGGUUUAGAAAGCCUCUGUUUACCUAGAAUAAGUAUGUUAUCAAGCAGCCUUUUUCCCAAUCCUGUCCAUUAAAUACAUAUAUUUCAAAAGCUUUGGUUUUUGCUUUUCUUCUGUCUAUAAAUGUCAUGGUAUCUUUCCUCAGUGUGACUUUUCACCCAAAUUAAAUUUUUCUAUUAUUUUCAUGUUUGUAGCUUAUUCAGAAUCUCCUAGUGUAAUGGAUUGAA